AUGCCUGAACAACAAGCUUUCUGCGUAUUUGUGAGAAUUAUGGAAACCUACGAAAUGAGAACCAUGUUUACCUUGAAUAUGGAGGGACUGCAGCUGCGGCUGUACCAAUUCUCGAGUCUAUUAGAUCAGAUUCUUCCUGAUCUAUCUGACUUUCUGAAGCUUCAUGAGGUCAAUGUGCCCAUGUACGCAUCGCAAUGGUUUUUGACACUGUUUGCCUAUGCGUUUCCUAUGGAGCUGAUCCUCCGCAUCUACGAUAUCGUCUUUGCAGAGGGCGCUGCUGAAACAAUCAUGCGUGUAUCCAUCGCCAUGCUCAAGCGCUCAGAAACAAAGCUCAUGCAACUCACAGAAUUCGAGGAUAUUUUGGACUUUUUAUCAAACAAGCUGUACGACGCCUACAACAACGACCCCACUCAAGUCAUUUCUGACGCCGUGGAACUCAGUGGACUCAUUACAAAGGAAAAGAUGGAUCACAUUGCAGAGACCUAUGUCACCGAAUUGGAGCAAGAACAGAAACAAACCGAGCAAGUGUUGGCAGUGCGAUUCAAUUUCUGGUCCAAGAACCCCAAAGAAACACGCCGAAACAGCAGAAAAAAGAAGACCAUGUCCUGGUACAGCAGUGCACCACCAAAAAAGUCAAUGGAUUCAGAUCGAGCCUCUAUUUCAUCGCUGCGAGAGCCCGAUGUAUCACAACUGCACCAUCAAAUUGAAGAUUUGCUAUUAGCACUCUCUCAAACACAGCGAGAGACGAUUGAAUUGAAAGACGAUUUAAUGCAAGCAAGAUUGGACAAGAUGGAUGUGGAAGCAGAGCGAGAUGCGCUCAAGUUGACCAUGGAGAGCGCAUUUCACAACACCAAAUAUGAGCGUGAAUGCAUGGAAUUAAGAAAGGAAAACAGCCAACUCAAGCAAGAAAACGAGGAUUUGCAGCACCAACAAGCCAUGUCAAAAGACGCAUUGACAGCACUGGUUGAGCGCAUGUUGGAUAUGAAAAACAGAGUGGAUAUACUCGAACAGGAAAACUUCAAGGCAAAUCAAGAAUGCCAGCGCUUAGAAAAGGAUAGAAAACGAUUACAGAUGAUAUUUAAUACCAACACAUCCAUGCAUGAUUAUACCAACAAGAGCAACUCUUCUUCUUCUAGUUCCUCUGUUAAGAGUUGA